AUGGCUAUUCGAACAAAGAGAGUCAAAAAAGAAGACUCUCUGGACGAUAUAACAAUACUUAAGAAACGAGUAAAGACUGAAUCCACUAUAUCAACAACUGCGAAUUCAUCAAAAAAGAAAGUCAGCGUGAAACAAGAAGUUUUAAAUGGUGUUGCUCCGACCAAUUGGAGGAUUGUAUUCGACCGCAUAAAGGCUUAUAGAAAGAUAACUGAGGCACCGGUUGAUACCAUGGGUUGCGAACGCCUAGGAGACAGAACCGCAAGCCCAGAGACAUAUAGAUUUCAAACUUUGGUUGCUUUGAUGUUAUCCGCACAAACCAAAGACACUGUGACAAGUGUUGUAGUAAGAAACCUUCAAAAGGACUUACCAGGUGGCCUUACACUGGAAAGUAUACUCAAUGUGAAUGAACAAGAACUAGAUGAUCGUAUUAGGGCUGUUGGAUUUCACACCAAGAAGGCUGCGUAUAUUAAAAAGACUGCCGAAAUCUUACGAGAUAAGUUUAAUGGUGAUGUUCCCUCUACGAUUGAAGAUCUUACAAGUCUUCCUGGUGUUGGACCCAAAAUGGGAUUUUUAACAUUACAAGUAGCUUGGAAAUUAAAUCUAGGAAUUGGUGUCGAUGUACAUGUGCACAGAAUAUCCAAUCGUCUUGGAUGGUGUAAUACUAUGGACAAGCUUCCGGAAGAUACAAGAAAGAACCUCGAAUCAUGGCUACCAAGAGAACAUUGGAGAGAAAUCAAUCCAAUUCUUGUUGGAUAUGGUCAGACAGUGUGUAUCCCUAGAGGACCGAAAUGUGGAGAAUGUCCUGUUAGUGAACUAUGUCCUUCUUCUAUUGUUAAAGUCCAAAAAAAGGGUAUAAAGGUCAAAGCUCAAGUCAAAGUCAAAGAUGAGCCUGACGAGACUACUUCGAGGUUUUUUAAAGAAGAAGUUACAGCAGUAAAGACCGAGGUUUUUGACUGGUAA